CGCGGUAUGAUAAUCUCUCUGAAGCCCUCGCGGCAGAUACAGAAGUAGUUUCCAUCUUGUUUAUAAAUUAACUUUUAGACUUAAGAGCCGACAGACAUGGUUGGCUAGCAGCUAGCUGGGCUAACGUCACCGUUGUUUGGCAGCUCGUUUUCGCAGCUUGUUCGGGAGCCACCUGACAACCGCUCACAUGAUUUCAACAACUACUGCAACCGACAUUGAUUACAACACCGACAUAUUUUCUUAAAGUGUACGUGUGUUCGUGUAGGUGAGGUUUGGACCACCGGGGUGUCUCCGAGGGGAUAUUUCUACAACAAGAAACCAAAACAAACAUGUUUGGUAAGAAGAAGAGAGCACCGCAGCCCAAAGGCCAGGGCGCCGCUGCUGCCAAGCAGAUGGGUCUGUUUGUAGACCUGAACCCCGAGGAGAUGAUGAUGGGCAUGGACGGAAACCUGGACGAUCCGGAUUUGGAGGCGGAACUUGCUGCUAUUACUGGAAAAAAGGCUGCUGCAGGAGGAAAAGCCAGGCAGAAGGGGAAAAGUCCCCUACCCAUGGAAGAUAUCGCAAGAAUGGCAGACGAGUGUAUGAAGGACCUGGAUGAUGAUGAUGACGACAAUGUAGAAGACGAUGAAGACCUGUUGGCAGAGCUACAGGAAGUGGUGGGUGAGGAGGAAGCUGAGGAUGUUUCCUCCACAUCCUCUGCCCCUGCUGAAUCUUCUAAGGGUGAAACACCAGAGUCCCCAGCGGCACAGGAGGAAGUAAAAGUCUCUGCGGCAGCCCCCGGCAGCCUCCAACACACCCUGGAGGAGAGGUUGGCAAUGUACAAGACAGCCCUGCAGAACGCCAAGACAGCAGGGGAGUCCUCAAAAGCCAGGAGAUAUGAUCGUGGUCUGAAGACGUUGGAGUCAAUGUUGGGUGCUGUGAAAAAAGGAAGGCCUGUAAAUGAGGCAGAGAUCCCGCCGCCUGUUGCCAUCGGAGCCCCGAGCGCUGCCCCGCGACCAGCUGUGCCUGCGAGGCCUGCUCCCCCUGUACCAUCGCCACCUCAGCCCUCUCAGUCACGGGAGUCGGAGGCCACAUCACCACAGUCACCUGCCGCGCCCGAUGUCAUCACACCCAGCAGCGAGGAGGAGCAAUCGUCUUCUGCUGCUCUAUCCACUCUGAGCAGCCUCCCAUCUCCUCAGGAGCAAACCGAUGAGGAAGCUGCUGACGUUUCACAAUCAGAUGCCAACAAGGCCACCAAGAAGAUGCUUUUGGAGAGACAGCAAGAGUACAAGAUGGCAGCGCUGAGAGCCAAGAAUCAAGGAGACGUGGAGCAAGCUAAGCUUUACUUCAAGACCAGCAAGAGUUUCGAUGCAGUGAUCGAGGCGUUGGAAAAAGGACAGUCAGUGGAUCUGAGUGGCCUUCCUUCACCUCCAGGACAGGGAGGAAGCUCCGCUCCGGUGGCUGCAGCUCCCGCUGGUCAAAGCACACAGCCGACCCCGCCGGCUGCAGCAGCUCCAGCCCCUUCAGCUCCUAAAGAUGUGCUGGAGGCUCUCGAGCAGAGACGAGCCAAGUACACUGAGGCGUCUGCACAGGCCAAGGCCAGCGGAGACGACCGCAAGGCCCGAAUGCACGACCGUAUUGCCAAGCAAUACCAGAGCGCCAUCCGCGCUCACAAAGCAGGAAAAGCAGUCAACUUUGACGAGCUGCCGGUUCCCCCUGGCUUUCCUCCGAUCCCUGGCCAGAAGGCAGUGGGAGCUGAGCAGGGGAUUGUUGCUGCUCUGGAGGCAGCUAAUAAGCUUGCCUCUAGUGAUGCUGCUGAAGUUGCAGAUGAGGAAGAGGAUGAGGCAAAGGAAGAAUUGGCAAAGCCUGCUGCUCCUGAAGAGCCAAAGAAGCCCACUUUAGACAUUCCCACAGCAGGUCACGAACAGAAGAGGACUCCGUCAGCUUCACCUGACAGGACAACCAUCGGAGAAGGACUCUCACAAACAGCUGUUCAGCAGCUGGAGUUCUUGGAGGGUCGAAAGAAGCAAUACAUGAAGGCUGCGCUGCAGGCGAAGCAGAAAAAUGAUAUGGAGCAGGCAAAGAUUUUUCUCCGCACCGCCAAGAGCUUCGAGCCCAUGAUCGAGGCGGCACGCAGCGGCAAAACUGUGGACAUCAGCACGGUGCCGUCGCCUCCUGGUGACGAAGACGAAGACUUCAUCCUGGUUCACCACAGCGACGUGCAGAUCUCAGAGAAAGCCGAGGAAGUUUACACGCAGCUGGCCAAGAUCCUGAAAGAGCAGCACGAGAAAUGUUUAACUUACUCCGAGCAGUUCAAACACCUGGGAAACGUCACUGAAACAACAAAGUUUGAGAAAAUGGCUGAAAGCUGUAAGAAGAGUAUGGAAGUCUUGAAGUUGGCUCAGUCGAGGGGUCUGCCUCCUCCUAAACAUCAUUUCGAGGAGAAGUCAUUUCGCAUAGCCAAGAUAUUUCCAGAGCUGAGCAGCACUGACAUGGUUGUUAUUAUCGUAAAAGGGAUGAAUCUUCCUGCUCCUAGCGGAAUCCAAGCAAACGAUCUGGAUGCUUACGUCAAGUUUGAGUUCCCCUAUCCCAGCACGGAGCAGCCACAGAAACUCAAAACAGCUGUCAUCAAGAACACUAACUCCCCAGAAUACAACCAGAGUUUCAAGCUUCAAAUCAGCCGCAACCAUCGCGGCUUCAGGAGGGUGGUGACAGCUAAAGGCCUCAAGCUAGAGCUGCUGCACAAAGGCGGUUUCUUACGGAGCGACAAGCCGAUCGGAACAGCCCUGCUGAAGCUGGACAAGCUGGAGUCACACAGUGAAAUCAGGGAGAUUGUCGAGGUGAUGGACGGACGGAAACCCACAGGGGGUCGCAUUGAAGUGAAGGUCAGACUGCGGGAGCCUCUUAGCGGUCAGGACAUGCAGACCAGCACGGAGCGCUGGCUGGUGAUUGACCAGUCGCAGGUUCUUGUUUAGAUGUUACUGCAAGACUGAAGAUGAAGUGCAAGAAGAAGAUGUAAGGAACUCAAUCAAAAACACUCAGAGGGAGAAGAGGAGGAGAUGAUGAAGGUGGUUUGGGAAGUUCUGAAGACGGUCUGUUGUUCAGUUUGGACUCAGACCUACACGGGUCUUGUAGUAUCUUUUGCACAUUUGCACGACACACACGCUCCCCUUCACUCAGCAGGAGACACGGAGCUGCCUUAUGGAGACGUGAACCUUGUGUCUGCCUCCACCGGAAGGCGAUGAGGGCCUCUCUUUGAGAUUGAAAAACACUCAGGCAAAGAUCACAGCUGCCUAAACUGUUUCCUGAUGUGUGGGUCCGACAUGGUGUCCUUUGCGAGUGACAAAGGGGACCGGUGUCGAGUUAAGCUGAUCCUGCUGCCUGACGUAAUUUUUAGUUAAUAUAUCAAAGAAUGUGUAAAUAGUCCUUGUGGUAUCUAGAACUGCACCUAUGCACUAAUACCAAAGUAAUCACAGUUGCUGUAAAAUCCUGCGUAUUUGAAAGCCGCCUUUAGCUGCCAAAUCUGUUACGAUAUAUACAUUGAAAUUAUAUAAUUACAGCCUGGGCUGUCGGGAGUUUUCAGUACAUUUUCCGCUCAGUUACAGUCUGUUACAGACUUCGGUGUGAAAACGUCAGGCAGAUAUUGCAGUAGCCACCUCAUGUUUAUUUAACAGGAAAGUAAGCCAAGAAAUCACCAGAUUACACAAGGUACGAUCGUUAUUUUAGAGACCACACAUUUCGCAUGCGCUGCAAGUCCUCUAAUUGUGGUCACUAAACUGCACACUCACCUGCCUGCCGUUUUAGGUGCAUUUGACUUGUUUACACUGAAUAGCACAAAAACUGGAGACGAAUAAUGUCACGUGUGAGGAGGAGAGUACACAGGAUCAUCUUUAAAAAGCAUCGUGUAAAGGAACAGAAAGAAAGAAGAUUUAAAUGCCAGGAAACUCUAAGCUUAGCCUAGCUUUGCAUAAAACUGGAAGGGGGCUGCAAAUUGAAUCCUGUUUAAAAAUACAACUACUAGUUUUUCAAGGUCACAGAUGAACACAUUUUAUAUUUAUUUCUACCCACUCAUUUUGUAGAAGGAGUUUAGGACCUUUAAAAAGACUCACCACUGGCCGUCUCAGUCAUUAUGCUCAGCUAACCUAACCUGAAGCAAAAGCAGCUCUAGUCUUCUGGUUUUAUUCUUUUGACAGCAUAUGGGGGCCAUUCUGGGUGGUUUUUCAUAAUCCACAGUUCACAAUAAUUCCUGAAUAAUUUAUUUAGGUGUCGCCCACCAGUUGAUUCUGUCUGAAACAAGCUGUUUUAGCUCCUCCCCCUUUAUUAAGUCUGUUUCCUUCUGAUUGGCUGCCCCUUGCAUACACCAGCUUCAAGUUUCUGUGUUUUAGGUAUACUGCCCUGAUUAUUUGAAAGUUUGGCUAGCAUAUAUAUAAAACAGGAAUAAAGAUAAACCACUAGCUCCACUUUAAAGUUUGGAGUUCACAGGGAAAAAUGUAAUACAUUUUGAAUUUUAAGGGGUGGAAUUUUUUUUCACUUUAGUUUUCAAGAUUAUGUCAGUUUCUGUAACGUCAUUGUUAUUCAACAAACACCAAUCGAAUCACAUAUUUAUGUACAGUGCGAUGAGGUUAAACCAGCCUUGCAAAGUCGAGCAAUGUUUCAAAGAGUAAGUCGGAAAUUUGGCUCCAUUGUUUAUUUAAAAUGGCCCUCAUGUGCUGUCAUAGAGUCUCAACAGGAAUGUUUGUCACUAUUGAAAUCUAUGGACCAUCUCAUGUGAGAGAAACUGAAUAUUGGGAGUGAAACCUCUCAGUGUUUUAAUAAAGGGUCAGUUCACUCAAAUUACCAAACCACGUCAAGCCAAGCACUUUUUCACAUGUCAUUCAGAAACAGUUGACUGAUUGAAUUGCCAUGGUGAGUUCGAGUUAAGAUAAAGCUCUAAGCGGAGUCUUUCCCAGCUGCCUUAAAAUGCCUCAAAUGACUGAAACGGAGUCGUUUCACAUGACUCUGCAGCGUCUUCCAGCUCUUUGUUUCUACUUUGCAACCUUGUUUUGGAGUAUUUUGCAGCUAAAGAGACUUCUGUGCAGUUGCUGUGUUACAUCCAUGUAGUGUCUGAAAUGUGCCAAGAGCUGUAGCAAACUCUCUGCAUGUAGUACAUAAGUGGGUAAAUGGACAGCCUUAAAUUCAUUAGGUUAAUGUCGAUUCAAGUGAGGCAAGAAAACGAAUGCUUCCACUAGUACUGAGUGAACUAACCCUUUAAAAAAUGAACCGCAGAAGAAGCCAUACAAGUUUAACUGAGCCAACGACGUAAAUCCCACCUCAAGCAGGUGUACCUCAGACUGUCUGCGUCAUUAUUAUCAUCAUCAUCAUUAUUAUUAUUACCAUGGUCACACAUUUCAGUUUCCGCUUCUUCUAAUUUUCUUUUUUUUUAAAUCUGCGCCUAAUUUUUAGUAUAAAGGAAAAAAGUUCAGUUUACAGUAACACUGAUCAAAAUACUGAAGCUGGGUCCACGCAGGAAGCGAUGUCACUCAUCACGCGUAGCCUUGAAGCUAAAAGGUUCGUCGCUAGUGGACUUUCUAGACCCUGGUUGCCUAGGUAACCCUCUAAUGCAGUUACCGCACUGUGAUAUGUCAAUUAACGGUAUCUUGUGCUCUUAUUGGCCGAAAUUGAUUGAAGUUGAGUAAAGCUCAUCUCGGGAUACGCCCACUUUGCCCUCACCAACCGUUAUGUCGCCUGUCAUCGCUUCCUGUGUGGAAGCCAUUAAAAUGUUUUAGUUUUUACCAUAUAGAUGUUCACACAGAUCAUGUGUUUCUAAAAUGCUUCAUAAUUAACAGAAUCAGUUCUUUGAUUUUUGACUGAAUCUGCUCUAAAACGAACCAAUAAAAAAAAUUCCUGUUU